CAAACAGCGUAAAACAAGAUGGCGCCGUCUUAAGCAUCAAUUGAUGUGAAUGAAUUCAUCGACGUAGAAGUCUGCCUCCUGUGAGGCUGCGGGGUCGUGUUCCGGAUCUUCCCGGACAGAAUCAUCGACAUUAACGGUUAACGGUUGUUGUGGGCGUCGCUGAACGCCGCAGAACAUCCGGUGGGUGUCCUCCCUCCCGGUGACAGGAUGGACAGCGGAGAGUUCAUCCCCACCAUGGAGAACAUGGACACCACUUUAGCGGAGUUAGGAGACGAGUUCACCCUGGGAGACAUCGACGAGAUGCUCCAGUUCGUCAGUAACCAGGUCGGGGACUUCCCAGACCUGUUUGAGGACCAGAUGGCCUCGGCAGGCUCUGCUCAGAGCGGAGCCUCCACCGCCCCCAGACCAACUCCUCAAACCCCACGGACACCGACCCCUGCUGCGUACCAGAGCACCAACAGUAGUCUCACUCCCUCCCAGACACUUUCUCCCCAGUCCCUCCCCCUCACCCCUCCCCUCACCCCCGUACAGACCCCCUCCCCCACCGCCGUCUCUUCGGGGCAGCAGCAGCAGGUGACCCGCACCCCUCCGCUCCUCCAGCCGAGGCCUCAGGUGGUGCAGCCCAUCCAGCCUCAGCCCCAACAGACAGCCCAGCCCACCAUCCAGAUGCACACUCAGGGGAUCGCCAUGCAGACGCAGAGCUUCCCGGGCCACACCCUGGUUCAGACCCACAGCCAGACGCCGCUGCCCAUCCAGACGCAGGCGGCCCAAACCGUCAUGAUCACCUCCAACGGCGGGCGCUUCAUCCAGAACCCGGUCAUCUGCCACCAGAGCCCCGCCCCUAGUUUCCAAGUCCUCCAACCACAAAUGCAGAGCAUUAUGACAUCACAGCAGCUCCAACCAAUGACCAUUCAGCACCAGCGUGUUCUGACCUCCAACGGGAUCCAGACUCUCUCUACGGCGCCCACUGCGGUCAUGCAGCAGCAGAUGCAACAAGUACCCGUAGGUACCCCAUCCAUUGUUCUGGUCCAGCAGCCUCAGAUCCUGAAGACCGACUCGUUGGUUCUCACAACGCUCAAACCCGACGGCACACAGGUGCUGUCGACCAUGCAGAGUCCAGCAGGGAUCGCCACCUUAACCACGCCCAUCCAGAACACGGCGCUACAAGUCCCGACACUGAUGAGCAGCAACAUCCUCACCACUGUCCCCGUCAUGAUGGGCGGAGGAGACAAGCUGCCAAUCAAACAGCUGCAGCCUGGCUCCUCCCACUGCUCGAACGGCGGCAGAGCGAGCAUGGAGCAAACAGCGAUGAUGGGAGGAGUGAUCGGGCCGGGAGGCGUGGUGAAGGAGGGCGAGAGGAGGACGACCCACAACAUCAUCGAGAAGAGGUACCGCUCGUCCAUCAACGACAAGAUCAUCGAGCUCAGAGACCUGGUCAUGGGGAACGACGCAAAGAUGCACAAGUCGGGCGUGCUGAGGAAGGCCAUCGACUACAUCAAGUACCUGCAGCAGAUGAACCAAAAACUACGGCAGGAGAACCUGGCUCUGAAGAUGGGGACCCAGAAGAACAAGUCUGUCAUCCUGUCUGAAGACGUGGAGCUCAAACAGGAAAUAGUGAUGAUGUCACCUCCCGCCUCGGACUCUGGUUCUGGAUCUGGAUCCCCUCCACAGUUCUCUCCUUACUGCGUGGACUCAGAGCCAGGAAGCCCCUUACUGGAUCACGAGCCGAUGAAGAGUGAACCCGACUCCCCGUCGUCCGUUGGAGUGAUGGAUGGUUCCCGUCUGCUCCUCUGCGCUCUGACCUUCUUCUGCCUGUCUCUGAACCCGCUGCCGUCUCUGUUGGGCUCCGAGGAUUCAGGGGGCGCCGGUCUGUCUCCGGGACACGGAGCAUCCAGAACUCUUUUCUCUCUCCCGAAUCACUCUCAGGACUUCGCGUCCUGGCUGCGCUGCCUGUUGCCCUGGGUGAUGGUGUGGGUGCUGAGCGGGGUGGGCGCGGUGUGGGGCUGUGUCAGGGUGCUCUACCUGUGGGAGCCGGUCACGCCCCUUCACUCGCCCAAAUCUGUGUCGUUCUGGAGGCAUCGCAAACAAGCCGACCUGCAUUUCAACCGGGGAGACUACACAGCAGCAGCAUCCAGUCUGGAGACCUGUCUGUCCGUCUUGACGAGAGCUCUUCCCUCGACCACCCUGGACCUCGUCUGCUCGCUGUCCUGGAACGUCGUUCGUUACUUCCUGCAUCGCCCGACUCCCCUGGGCUGGCUCGUCCACCAGGUGAGGGGGAAGCACGAGGGGGAGGAGGCGAGGACGAGUGCGAGGGACGCCGCGCUGGUUUACCACCGGCUGAGUCAGCUGCAGCUCACAGGGAAGCUUCCUCAGCGGAGCGGCCUGUGGGCUCUGUCUCUAUCUCUGAGCGCUGUUAACCUCAGCGAGAGCGCCCAAGGCAAGAUGGCUGCCUCCCAGCUCACUCAGAUCUACAUCACCGCAGCAACGGCUCUGCGCUCCAUCCUGGGUCACCACCUCACCUGUCUACCUGGUUACCUGCUGAGCUGUGCGGAGGGAGUGGCCAACCAGUCAGAGACCAAGCACAUCCCCGACUGCCUGCGCUGGCUCUUCACACCUCUGGGUCGGCAGUUCUUCCUGAGCUGUGAUUGGUCGGUGAAGUCGGAGAGCAGCGUCGGAGUGUACACCUCUGAGAGAGACCCGGUCGACCCCGUCGCUCAGCUGCAUCGCUGUUUCUGCAGGAAGCUCCUGGAGCGAGCGGUGCACACGCUCAUCCAGCCGCAGAGCGACUCUGAGGGAGGCAAACACAAGAACGACUCGGGGGAGUUUUCCAGCGCCCUGGAGUUCCUCCAGCUGUUGAACAGCUGCACAGAGGACGCUCCCUUCUCGACUCCUCCCACUCACACCACCACUCCAGUGGGCGACCCGGUGAGUCGUUGGUGGGCGUUGGUCCUGAAGGCCGCCGUUCAUUGGCUGCAGGGUAAUGAUGUCACGGUGAAGUCCCUGCUGGCGGAGGCGGAGCGGAUGCCGAGGGCGCUGCACACGUUUGAUCACCCUCUCCCGAAGGCGGUGCUGCUGCUCUGUAAGGCCGUGCACAUGAGUCUGUCCCCGCUGAAGGGCGAGGGGGCGGUGACCUGCCUCUCUCACUGCGACCGAGCCAGCAGCUUCCUGCGCUCGAGCGUGGCCGUGCCCCUCGCCCCCUCUGGAAACAUGCUGAACAAGGGGGUGGAGCUCCUGGUCUGUGACCUUCUUCUGACCUUGAGGACCAGUUUGUGGCAGCGGGGGAGCAGCAGUAACGGAGAACCGGGCCCCGCCCCUGGAUCUCAGCUGGCCGGUUUUCAGAGAGACCUGAGCGCUCUGAGGAAGCUCACACAGUGCUACAGACAGGCUCAGCACAAGGUGUUUCUUCAUGAGACCACGGUGAGGCUGAUGGCUGGAGCGAGUCCCACGAGGACUCACCAGCUGCUGGAGCACAACCUCCGACGCAGGACGCACAACGCCUUCACAGCCGAGGGUGAGUGUGUCGUGGGUGAGAGAGAGAGGGCUCACGCCAUCCUGCUUGCCUGUCGCCACCUACCCCUCCCCCUGCUGACCCCCCCGGGUCACCGCGCCCGCCUGCUGGCCGAGGCCAAACGCACCCUGGAGCGUGUGGGAGACCGGCGCUCGCUGCAGGACUGUCAGCAGAUCCUCCUGCGUCUGAGCGGGGGCACGACCAUCGCUGCCUCCUGAACACACACAGAGACAGACACACACACACACACACAGAGACAGACACACACACACACACACAGACACACACACACACAGACACACACACACACACACAGACACACACACACACACACAGACACACACACA